AUGCUGGGCAUGAACGCCAAGGCGCCUUUCGGCGUGCACCCUGCCCUGCAGGAAGCCAAGUUCGCCAGCCUGCACUCCAGCUCGGAGGCGAUGCGCCGCGUGUGCCUGCCAGCCCCGCAGGUACGUAGACGGAGCCUAGCGACUGCUCGAAGGCACAUUUUCUGACAGGCCCGGCUUAAUGUUUUUUUCAUGUCUCCUGCACAAUCUCUCUCCCUCUCUCUCUCUCCCUCUCCCCCUCCCUCUCUCUGAUCCACAUGUCUGUUCCAGCAAAGCAUCUUGCGCCUUCAUAUUAAUUUUUAUGACCUGAGCUUUGAGAAGAGGAAUCUCUGUGCUUGAGAGAGAGAAAAUGUGUUUGAAUGCCGACUUGACGGUAUUCCCCACUGACGGCGCUCUGCGCGUUCUUGCUUGCAGCUGCAGGGCAAUAUAUUCGGGAGCUUUGAUGAGAGUCUGCUGGCCCGCGCGGAAGCUCUGGCGGCGGUGGACCUGGUCUCGCACGGCAAGAGCCAUCCUUUCAAGCCCGACGCCACCUACCAUACCAUGAGCAGCGUCCCCUGCACGUCGGCGGCGUCCAGCUCCUCGCCCCCCGUGGCCAUCUCGGCGCCCUCGCACCACCAUCACCACCACCACGCGCAACAUCCUCACCAUCACCCGCACCAUCCCCACCCGCACCACCACGCCGGGGCGCAGCACCAAAGCCUCGACGGCGGAGACCUCCUGGAGCACCUCUCUCCCGCGCUGCUGGGCGGCCCCGAGCCGGGCGCGGUGCUGGCCGGCCCCAUGCACCCUCACGCGCACCCACACCUGGGCGCAGCCAUGGGCCACCUCCACCAAGCCAUGGCGAGCAUGGCGCACGCUCCGCCGCCGCCGCCUCCCUCGACGGCCCCGGUGCCGGCUCCCCACGCGGGUUUGCCUUGCCUGGGCGACGUGGAGUCGGACCCUCGCGAGCUGGAGGCGUUCGCCGAGCGCUUCAAGCAGCGGCGCAUCAAGCUGGGCGUGACCCAAGCCGAUGUGGGCGCGGCGCUGGCCAGCCUGAAGCUGCCCGGCGUCGGCUCUCUGAGCCAGAGCACCAUCUGCCGCUUCGAGUCGCUCACGCUGUCGCACAACAACAUGAUCGCGCUCAAGCCCGUCUUGCAAGCGUGGCUCGACGAGGCCGAGGCCGCCUGUCGCGAGAGGAGCGCGCAGGCCGAGCUGCUGCGCGGCGCCGAGCGCAAGCGCAAGCGCACGUCCAUCGCGGCGCCGGAGAAGCGCUCGCUGGAAGCUUACUUCGCGCUGCAGCCGCGCCCGUCGUCCGAGAAGAUCGCCGCCAUCGCCGACAAGCUGGAGCUCAAGAAGAACGUCGUGCGCGUCUGGUUCUGCAACCAGAGGCAGAAGCAGAAGCGCAUGAAGUACUCGGCGGGGCACUGA